CCAAUUUAGCAACUUGGGAUAAAGUUUAGGAAAAAAUUUUUUUGUCGAAAUCAUUUCAAUGGCCGCAAUUUAAAUGCAGAGAAAUUUAUAAUACAUAAUUAAAAGAGUCUAGUUCAUUUAUAAAAAGUUGUAGUAUAAAAUAGUAAUAAUUAAGCUAUAUAUUGAUUUGUGAAAAAAUUAAAGGAAAUAAAUGUGGAAGUGAAAGGUUUUAUAAUGUUUGAAUCUUGGCUAUAGAAUAAGAAAAAAUUUGAUUUUAAGGUGCACAAAAUAUAAGAAUAACUGCAAUUUUUGAAGAGAAAUCUAAUUUGGAAGUAGCACAGUUUAAUAACCAAAGUAAUAAUAAUGCAUCAAAGACACAAUAUACGACAUAGCAUACAUCAGGCUCCUAUGAUGCGGCCUCCUCACAUUCCAUCUCAAAUGAACGUGAGUAUAGCCCCACAUCCUCAACAGGUAAAUAUUCAACAACCGCCACCACAACUUACAACACAGCAGCCACCAACUCAACAAGCUCAGCCACAUACACAGCAUACAAAUAUACCAAUAGGGACAGGACCGCAAAUAAUGCCACAAUAUAUACCUACACCUCAUCAGCGAGGAGAUCCGAAUAGAUUAGGACAUCAUCUACCACCACCUGCUUCUCAACAACAGCAACAGCAGUCGCAACCGCAGCCACAACAGCAACAACCUUCUCAAUUAACUUUACAACAACCGCCAUUAUCUCAGCCACCACAACGUAUAAGCCCACAAAUGCAUCAACCGCAUUAUAUGAAAAGUCGACCGCCAAACAUCAAUAACAGCAAUAUUGGUGGUGUAAAUGUGAAUCAAUUGCAGCAGCAACAUCCACAACUACAACCACCGCCACCACCUGCUGCAACAAACUUAAGUAAUCACCCACUUCCGCAUCAAUCCCAUCACCAGCAAAUACCUCCUCCACAUCAACAACAACAGCAGCAACAUCAACUACAACAAAUACCAAUUCAACAGCAUAAUAAUAACAAUAAUUAUAAUCAAAAACAAAACCACACUAACAAAAUAGUCAAUCAUCCAACCCACAAGUAUAAUGCAAAUACAACUGCAGGGGUUGGACAUUCUAAAAUUAAUCAAGUAAAGCAUUCCCAACAGCAUUUGCAAUCUCCACUUCAACCCCAUCAUCAGCAGCAGCCUCAGUUGCAGCAAUCUCAUCAACCUCAAAUUAUUUCAAAUGUGGUUAAAACACAGCCAACACAACAAGCCCAAUCCCAAACACAACCUCCAUCACAGCAGCAUGCGAAUCAACCUCAACAUAUAAAUCAGUGUAACUCACAGCAAACGGUUCAAGUAAUCAAUCAAACACAAAUCAGCCAACAUAAAAUUAUUCAAAAUUCAAACAAAGUUUUAAACUCACAAACAUUAGUUAGUUCGGCGACUACUUCUACUUGUUCAACUGUGAAUGCAACGCAAAAUUUGUCAAAUAACUCUCCCUCUUUAUUAAAUUCUACAACUUCAAAUAAUAGUCAAUCGCAGAUUAAUCAAAAUAUUCCUAUAGUAAAUUUAUCAACAAAAUCAAAAACUUCAAAAAAUUCAUCGUCUAAUGUUAACCAAAAUGUGGAACACGUACAAAAUCAAAAAGUAAGCAAAAAACAAAAUUCUGUUAAUGCAGUUGAAGAGUCACCAGAAAAUAUUGAACAUCCAGAAAACACUGUUUCACAACCAAUUUCAAAUGAACCUGUUAGUGUUCCGUCUACUGAAAAUAUUUCAAGUGGAAAGGAAAAAACACCAAUGUGCUUGGUCAAUGAAUUAGCGAGAUACAAUCAAAUACAGCAUCAGUACAGAUUAACUGGAGAACAAGGACCAGCACAUAGUAAAAGAUUUACUGUAAUAUUAAAUCUAGGGGAUGAAGAAUAUACUGCUGAAGGUUUAAGUAUAAAAAAGGCGCAACAUACAGCAGCUGCAGAAGCAAUAACUAAAACUAAAUACGAACAUCCACCUCCUAAGAAAGUACGCCACAAAAAUGGCUCUAGCAGGUUUGGAAUUGGAAAUAUUACCCCAACAGUUGAAUUAAACGCCCUGGCUAUGAAAUUAGGGGAAAGAGCAGUAUAUGUUUUCGACUCGUCGGGAACGGCACAAACUUGUGGAACUGUUAAUCAAAUACAAUCAAUGCCGCCGGUAAAUCAACAAAGUGUACCAACAGCAUUAGCAAUAAAUUCAACCCAGCAAAUUAUAUCAAAUGGUACACAAACUUCCAUGUCGCCAGUAACAUUAACUAAUGGCCCACAACCACCGCCACCACCACCACCAUCAUUACCACAUAUGCCAAAUUAUUAUUGUGAGAGUAAUUAUCAGUAUGGACAGUUUAACUCAAGAAAUAAUUUAGUUAAUAUUUAUUUGAAUGGAAAUGGAAUGCGUUUCCCAAAUGUAACUAGAAGACCGUAUGCUCGGGGUGGUUAUAUGAAAUUUCGUAACCGAAUGAUGGCACCAUUAAAUGGCAUUCAUCCUAAUUAUAACAGAGAUGCAUGUAAAAUAACUUUGUUAGUAGGAAAAGAAAAAUUUACUGGUGUUGGCCCAACAGUUCAAGCUGCUAAACACGAUGCUGCAUCCCGAGCUUUGGAAGUAUUAAAACCAAUUGCUGAAGCUAGCGAAGAUGUUGAAAAUUUGAAUACAUCUUCAGGGGAAUCUGGAACCGAAAUUAAGUCUCCAAUUUCAUUGGUUUAUGAAAUAGGUUUAAAAAGAAAUUUAUUAGUAACAUUUGAAGUUAAAAGUGAAGUUGGGCCACCGCAUUUGAAAAAUUUUAUAACUAUUUGUAAAGUUGGAGAUAUAACAACGGAAGGUGAAGGAAACGGCAAAAAAAUAUCAAAAAAGAGAGCAGCAAAAAAAAUGCUGGAAGAGCUUAACAAAUUGCCACCAGUGAGUCCAGAAAAACCACCACCCGCAAAUACGUACCAGAAUAGUAAUAAGACGAGUAAAGGAAGUCGGGCACAUAAACGUAAUUCCGCUGCUGGUGCAUCCCAACAAGGGGCAACUCAGCAAACUGCGCCAAAAAAGCGGAUUAAAAAUGUUAUAAAAGAAAAACCUGAACCUGAAAAUCCAGAAGAAAUGAAUCCAAUUUCUAGAUUAAUUCAAAUACAACAAGCUUUAAAAGAACGAGAACCAGCUUACACGGUAGUUGAAGAAAAAGGUGCUGCAAGAAGGCGCGAAUUCACUAUUGAAGUUACAGCCAAUGGUCAAAGUGCCAGAGGCAGCGGAUCUAACAAAAAAAUUGCUAAAAGAAAUGCUGCGAAAAAUUUGCUUGUAAUUUUGGGAUAUGAACCGAAUCAAAAUAAUAAAGAAAAUAAUUCAAAUGUUGUUAACACUGCCGACAAUAACAGUAACAAAAUUAAAACAAGUGAAAACGAUUUAUCUCGAAGUAAUAGUACGAGUAAUGCAAAAACAACCCCUCAGGCACAAAGUGGAAGUUCUAGUCGACAGAUUGUUCCUGGUUUAAUUCAUUUGCCGAAAAAUAGUGAAACACAUCACAAUACAAAUUCUGUAAAUACUACCAAACAAUCUCAACAAAAUUCUGGUGAAAAUGAACCGAGUCAAAAAGCUUCAACCAAUGAUGAAGUCUCUAACAAAAGUGAAUCAGUCGAAAAACCUAAAGGUUCAGAAAGAAAAUCUACUGAAUUUGGAGUGAGACCUAAAGACCAAUUGCUCUACUUGGCCCAAAUUUUAGAUUUCGAAGCUAAUUUUACUGAUUAUCCAAAAGGAAAUCACGGAGAGUUUUUAACGAUUAUAGCUUUGUUCACAGAUCCUCCGCAAUUAUGUCAUGGAGCUGGAGAAAAUUCAGAUGCAUCACAAGAUAACGCUGCUUUGGCGGCACUGGAAAUGUUAAGUAAAUUAGGCUUAGAUAAUGUUAAACCAAAAAAAAUACAAUCUAGUAACAAUAAUAUUUCGGAUGAAAAAAAACCGAAUUCAAAAAAAGAAGGUGAAAAUAACUAAAUGUUGUAACAAUGAACAAAAAGAAGUAUUUUUGCCAAGAAAUUUUUAAAAUAAAAGAUAAAUUUAAAAAAUUAAUUUAUAUAUACAUAUUUAUAAUAUAUUUAUUUGUAUUUUACAAAAUUAAUUAAAAUUUUAAGUUGAUUUCUCAAAAAUCUUGAAAGUAUUACAGAAAUCUGUAAAAAAAAUCCUAAGAAUUAAUUAUUAAAAUGCAAUAAACUUGACUUCAAAACUAGCUAUUUUACAAUAUUAAAAUUUUUAUUGUAAAUUAAUAAAAAAAAAAUAAAAAUCUUUAUUAUUAUAAUUAUUAUUUUCGAAAUAUACUCGAAAUUGAUGUUAACUAAAAGAUAAAUUGUUUUCUAGGAAAAUUAUUUUAUUUUAAUAUUUUUUUUUUCUAAUAUUAAUUAAUAUUAUGUUUUCAAGUAAUUUAUUAUUUAUUUUUCUUUUUUAUUUAAGAAAUUAUUUCAUAAUGAUUAACACGAUAUUUUAAAAUGUCAUGCGAAUACAAUAUAGUGAAUACAAUAUUGUUUAAUUAAGGUGCACGUACAUCUUAUAGAGAGUUAUUACAUUCACUUUUUGCAAUAUCACACAUGAAAUAAUAUUAAAAACUACAAGCGAAAAUAUACAAAAUUUCAUAGAAAAAGUUUAAGAAAAUUUAAUUAAAAUUAAAAGAUGUUUUAAAUUCAGCCAGCUCAGUGCAUAAAUUCGGAAUAUUCAUUUUCAGAUUUUGUUCAUUAUUCAUUAAUGAGUUUUAAUAAAUUUUCAUCAUCAUUCUUAAUAUUAAUAUUUUCAUUUUUAUAAUGUUUCUAAAAUAGAAUUUUAUUCUCAUCCGAAUCAAAAAUACGGUUAAAAAUAACAAAAAUUCUUUUAUUAUAAUCCCACCAACAGAAUCGGUUUUAUAAUCUUUAAAAAAAAACUUCUGCUAUUUACAAAUACAUACAAAAUGUUUCAUUUAUAUGGCAUAUUUAUAUUCCCCAAUACUAGUUUUACAUUUCGAUUAGAUUACACUUUUUUAUUUUCUUACCAAAAUAUUCUUACAUUAUCAAUAAUAUUAUCAGCAACAACAUUUUUUAUGAUUUCCGGUUUUUUCAGUUUCGGCAAGACAUUCAACGGAUUUAUUUUAAAAAUUCUUGGGUCGUUAAAAUAAGCAAAAUAUAUAACUGUGUUUAAAUAGGCUUUUUGAACUUCUUUUAAAUAACAUUUGACCAAGACAUUGUAUUUAUAUACUACUAUUUCACCUCACCAACCCAAGGGAAACAAUACAUAAUCAUUUUGUAUUUCUCUGAAAUGUGAUGCAAUGGCCAGUUGUUUACACAAAAUGAAGCUCACAAACGGUUCCACUACAGUUCUUUCAAUUUCACUAAGACUUGUAUUUAAUUAUUUCAAAGUUCGUUAAUUUCAAAAAAUUAGAAACUAAAAAAAUCAAGUAAAUAGAGUAUUUAUUUUUUUUCGCAUAACAUUUUAUAAUAUCUGCAUAUGAAAAUUAUUAUAAGGCAAAAACAAACAUUAAAAAGGGUAUUAAAUUGUACAUUAUUUAUUUUAAUGACAUAUGUAUAUAGGUUUUUUGUUUGACUGUAAAUACUUUUGAACAAUUUAAUAUCCAUGAAAUUCAUAAAAUGUAAUUAAUUAAAGGUAAUGGACCAAAUUAAAUAAAAGUUUAUUUAUUAAAAGCAUUAUGUAUAUGUACAGAUGUCGCAAAAUUGCUAUUAAAAAUAUUAAAUAUGAAAUUAUAUAACAAAAACCAAAUUUUUAUGAAUGUAAUUUAUUUAAUUUGGUCCAAUUUCUAAUUUUCUCUUUUUUAAAUAAGGCCAAAUAAAAUAAAAUGAAACCAGUAAUAUAAACAUUAUGCUUUUAUUUUAUUUUCAAAUAAAAAUUGAAAGGAACUCGACAAAAAUAUUUUGAAUAAAUUUUAUAAAAAUUCUAAAAAAUUUAUUGAAAAAUUAAAAACUGAAAAAAAAAAUGUACAAAAAUAUUUUUUAGAUCUUGCUCAAUAUUUUUAUAUAAAAAAAAGUUUUUCAAUUAGAAUCUAAAUUCUGAUUUACGAUUUAAUGUUCAAGCGUAAUUUUUUAUUUGAUUAUACAUAUUGUAUAAAUGUAAUAUCAUUCAAUAUUUUUAUGAUUGCUUUUUAGUUUAGUAUAUUAAAAACUUUAAUUUCAAAACAACGAUCAAAUUUUUUGGGAAUUAUAAAUAAUUAAUGAAUGACUUGAUAAAAGAUAUUUUUGUGCAUUUUUAAUUUUUCUCUAAAUUAAUUAUUUAAAAAAACAUCAUAUUGAUUACCAUAUUCCUAAGUUUAAAUUAUCUUCUAUUUACAAAAUCUCAUCCAAACUAUUAAGUUGUUCUUUAUUUGUAACUGAGGUUUUGGCUUAUAGUGUAUGCUUAAUGAAAAAUGCAAAAAGUAUUUAAUUGAUUAUUUAUUAUUAGGCAAAUGGUAAUUAAUGUAAUUUUAAUAUCACAAAAGCAAAAAUAUAUUUUUAAAUACAUUUAUGAAAAAUUUUAAAAAUGUUAUAUGGUCAUGAUUAAAUAGUUAGAUGAGCAGUUCCAAAUUUUUAAAUGACGAAUAUUUUAGAAAUUUUUAAUAUAAAUUAAUUAGUUAAAACUAAAUACUGUAAAAAUAAUUGCAAAACAAGUUCAAUUUGAGAUUAACUUUUUUUAAAAAAUGUUUUAAAAGCAGUAUUUUAUUAAUACAAAUUAACAAAAUAAAAUAUGAAUCCUUUUACCAUGAAUUUUAUACGUAUUUUUUAUUGUUUACUUAUUCCUAAACUCAAUUUACUCAAUUAAGAUAAAUUUUUUUUUAUUUCACAUAACCUAGAAUACUUAAGUAAUAGUUAAAACCUAUUUAUUUUCUUGACCAUAAAAAAAAAUGUAUUUAAAAUUAAUGAUGCGUUAAAACAAACAAUACUUUAAUAAAGGAAGUUCAUUUCAUGAAGCACCAUAUAGUUUUUAGAAGCAAGAAAAAUUUUAAAAUAAAUGUGCUAACUUGUGAAAUGAAUUUCACCAAAAAAACUCUAGUAUAUACAUAUGUAUGUAUGUAUAAAUAUAUUAAUUGAAAUAUGUGUUUCGCGGAAUUGAUAUACAUAUUUGUAAUUGAUUCUAAUAUGUAGUUAUAAAAUAAAAAAAGAAAUCAAAUUAACAAAAAAAGUAAAAAUCAAAACAUUUCGAAUUCCUUACUUUUACUUUGGAUUUCAAGAAUAUUGUUAGAAAAAUAUUGAUUUCGUCUAUUUUGUUUUGAUUUUUAAAUGUAACAAUGGUAUGAACCGCACACGUUCAUUUUAAACCAUUUAUAAAGUCAUUUUAUUAUAAUUAAAAUAUUUAUUAUAAUUUUUUUU